AUGGAAAUAACCGCUGAAGAUAUAUCAAUUGCGCUCGCGAAGAAAAAGAAACGCGUCUCGUUUGCCGAUGCCUACAUGGAACCGGAGGAGGAAGAGGAACCAACAAAAUUGGAUUUCAUCAAGCACCCCGAUGACGUGAUUGCCAGUAAUUUGGGCGAGAGUCUCGAGUUGAAAUGCGAGUUCAUUGGCACUUUCGAAUCGCUCAAGUGGUACAAAGAAGAAGUGGAGAUGUUCGAAAUGAGAAAUCGCUACGAAAUCCACACCGAAGAAGGGAUUUCCGUACUGAAGAUUCUAAGGGUCGCCCCACAAGACAUUGGCAAAUAUUACGUUACAUUGAAUGAUACAAUCAACAGUCAUUCGUGUCAAGUCGACAUUCGAGCACAACCAAAAAUUGACUUGCAGGGAACAAAAACGGAAAUUCGCCUCAAUUCUAAUCAGCAUUUGAACACUUCCCUAGAAUUUAGCGGUUAUCCUAAACCUGAAAUCAACGUCACGCUAAAUGGAAAUUCUUUCAAGAUUCGUGGUAGUGUCGAAGUGUACGAAGAUACGGUGACGUUGAAAAUUCGAAAUUUGAAGCCAAGCGAUUCGGGUAUAAUUGAAAUUGAAGCAGCUAACAAGAAUGGAACGACAAAAGUGACUCUGAAACUUGUUGUGAUCGAUGUGCCGAGUGCUCCUCAGCGGCCAAUGUGCACUAAAGUCACUCACAAAUCGGCGGAGAUCACUUGGAAUGCCCCAGCUGACGACAAUGGAGCCCCAGUGACUGCUUAUGUGAUCGAGAGGAAAACAGUCGAGUUUUCGAGAUGGAGACAGGUGUCAACGAUUGAUGAUGGAUCGACAAAGUACAUUGCGAAGGAUUUAUUAUCGAACGAGUUCUACGGUUUCCGCAUCCUCGCUGUGAAUGCUUGUGGCGAAAGUGCUCCAAGUAAAGUUGUUGAUGUGGAUACACUGUCGGAACCCGAGCACGAUGAGGAUUCGAUCGACGAGGAGAUUCGAGAGAAAAUCGAGGAAGCGGAGGACUACGAAAUUUCAGAGAUCGACGAGGAUUUCAACUUACAGAUGGCGAAGGAAACUCAACUAAUCGAAGAAGUGCAAGAUGAAUCAAUCACGAAAAAGCUACGAUUACCAGGAGGUGGUAUGUUUGAGAAAUUUUUCCAAUCGUUUAUCCGCAGAACAGUCAGUGGUGAUGGCGGUGAAGGAAAAGGAGUAAAACAAGAUGACGCUGAAAGUGCUGCCACCACAAAGAGAGAAACUUUCAAAACAAACAAAAAGCUAUCCACCGAGAAGCAACUCACCAAGAAUUUGCAUGUGAAGGGAGCUGAAGGCCUUGCAGCUUCAGCUUUAACCGAAGUGACAGCCGAUGCCGAAUUCACGGGAGAUGAACACGAAGGAGCUAGUCAACGCAGCAUCACACAGAAAGAGAAAUCUCGACUUUCCCGUCGAACUUUGGGAUCAACGGAUAGAAGAACGACCAUUGAAUCCGAGUUCUCGCAGACAGAAGAAUCUGAAGCGAUUGAAGCCGGUGCUGCUGCAAGAUCCAGAGCAAAGGUGUCAAAGAAAUCUCGAGAGCCACGAGAAAGGCGAUCAAGUGUGGAUUCGGAAUUGAGCAAAGCCGAAGAUCUGGCUGGCGCUGAAGUGACUAGGAAAGGUGACGAAAAGUCAAAAGCUUCCAAGAAAGCAAGAGAACCCACACAUAAGCUAACAAAAAUUGACAGUCAUUUGGCGAGAGACGAAGAUGAUGAAGAAGCUGGAAUGCUUGGAGAAUCUGAAGAAAAACUGGCUGUUGGCAAGAAAAUGAAAGAAUCCAGUAAGUCAAAAACGAAAAGCGAGACCGCAUUGUCAAAAGAUGAAGAUUCGUUGAGUGCUGAAACAUCGUUAACAACAGCUGAAGCAUUGAAAGCAAGAAGAAAAGCAAAAGGAUCAACACUCCGAGAAUCGUCGGCUGAUUCAGACUUUAGGAGAGAAGGUGAAGAAGAAACGACAAGCACUUCGAAAGCAGAUAAAUCUAAAAUUAAGACAAAGAAAAGAGUCAAAGAACCAACGAAAAGAGAAGCAGUCAUGGAUGCUUCUUUAGUUGGUGAAGAGGAUGAAUUUGGGGCAGAUGGAGAGCUUCUUGACAACAAAAUGACUGCUUCAAGAAAGGCUAAACAACCAAAAACCUCAAAAACUGCAUUGUCACAAGGAUUGACACGCGAGGAUGAAGAAGCUGCAGCUGAGAAAGAACUAGGUAAAGUGAAUCGAGGAAAGGGAACAUCAUAUCGAGAGUCGUCGGUGGAUUCUGAAUUCGCUCGAGAAAGCGAACAUGCGGGAAUGAGUAAAGAAGAACUAGCUAAAGCUAAAGCUUCUGCUAAACGAAAAACAAAAGAAGCUUCAAAGAGAGGCGCAAAACUAGAUGCAAAUCUGGACAAGCAAGCUGAAACUGGCGACGCUGAAGGUGGGAAAAGACUCUCGAGAAAAGAUCAAGAUUCGUAUGGUGAGACUUCGAUCAGUUCUGAGAUUGCUCGAGAUGAACAGACUUUAGAAGCUGAUCAUGGAAUGACAAGCAAAACAAGAACUGCCGCGAAAAAGGGUGUAAAACAGCCGAAAAAAUCCAAGAUCUCGUUAAAUGAAGAAUUCGAGAAUAUGGGACAAGAAGGUGACGCUGUUGGCUCACAAAAGUUACACCGAAAAGGAAAAGGAGCUUCGUAUAGAGAAUCUUCGCUUGAUUCGCAGUUCUCAAAAGAUGGAGAAUCGGCGAGUGCUGAAAAGCUUGGUAAAGAAAAGGAAAGGUCAAGCGUCAAGAAGCGUUCUAAAGAACCUCGUGAUUCAAAGACUGAUAUGAGUGCUGAAUUUGGACGAGAUGGGGAAAACGCUUCAGCUAAAGGCAAUGAAAAGCUCUCUUCAAAAGAACGAUCAUCAUAUCGGGAAUCUUCUGUUGACUCUGAGUUUUCAAGAGAAGAUCUUGUUGGUGAAGCGAAUUCAGAUAGAGCAGCUAAAGCUAAAGCUGCUGCUAAAAAAAGAGCUAAAGAAGCGGGAGAAAGCAAAGCGGGCUUGAGUAAAGAUUUAAGACUUGAUGAAGAGAUUGCUGAUGCGGAGAUGGAGAUAGCUGGAAAAAAUCUCAAGAAGAUCUCGAAGAAAACAAGGGAACCAUUGAAAGGAAAAGUGAGUGUUGAAGCUGAUUUGUUGAGAGAUUCUGAAGCAGAAGAGACGGAGGAUCUAUCCGAGAUCUCGGAACGAACUAAACUAGCCAGAAAAAUGAAAGAAAGCGCAAAAACUAAUGCAAAGAUUUCACAAGAUUUUGAGAAAGAUGAGGAUUCUGAAGGAGUUACUGAUUCGAGAACCCAUCAAGAGAAACUGAAAUCGAAAAAGAAGUUGAGAGAACCAACUGAUGCUGAAGCUUCAGUAGACGAAAGUGUUUCUCGGAAUGAAGAAGCUGAGAACGCGGAGAAGAGAGAUGAGGGCAAAAAGUUCACCUUUGGACAAGAGAUGGCUCCUGAGUUUGUCAAAAAACAACGGGAUAUCACCGCCGAGAUCGGAUCGACGGCUGUCAUUGAUGUCAAAGUUGCUGCAAACCCUGAACCAUUGAUCUCUGUCUACAAGGAUAACGAGCAUAUGGAGAAAAGUGAGAGGGUGACAUUCGCAGUGACACAAGAAGGAAAUCUCUACUCGUUUUCGAUGAUCAUCGAAAAUGUUCGACCGAUGGACGCUGGAAUGAUCACGAUGAUUAUCUCGAAUGAUUUUGGCAAAGCUGAGCAUAGCUUUAAGUUCAAAGUCGAAAAGAGUGCUCCACGAGAUCUGAUGAAUUUCGAGGCUCCUCAAUUCGUUUCACCAAUCAAAGAUCAAGUAAUCAUGGAGGGUGAAACGGCUAGGCUAAAAGGCAAAGUUCUCGGCUAUCCAUCUCCCGAAUUGAUUUGGCUGAAGAAUGGCAAAGAACUCCAAGUUGCCGAGGAUUCGCGCUUUACAUUGGAAUAUGCCGGUGACGGUGAAAUCGAUCUCUCAAUCAGCAAUUGUACUUUCGCUGAUGAUGAUGAGUACAGUCUACUCGUUGAGAAUAUUGCCGGUGUGGACAGUUGCAAUUUCGAGUUGAUCGUCGAAUGUCCAGUUUACGACGAUGCUGAACGUUUCGAGCGAAGGCGAAUAAAUCGUAAAACGCGCAAAAUGCAGAGACAAGAGGCUGUCGCUCCAUCAUCGGAUAGUGAAAUCGAUUUGGAGAAACAGAUCAAGAAGAAAGGGAAACGAACCAAAAAGGUCUUUGAGCGGAGCAAUUCUUUGGCCAAGCGCAUGACGCAACUACUUCCACCGAAAUUCGACAAAAUCCUCUCGGAUCAUGAUGCGGUCGAGGGCGAGAAUGUGAUUCUUUCGGUGGAAGCACGGGGUAUACCCGAACCAGAGAUCCACUUCUAUCAAGAUGGAAAGAAAUUGAAAACCGAUGACAAGGUUUUGAUCAAACGCGGCAGUGGAGAAGCCGGAAGUCAUAUGCUCAUCUUGAAGGACAUUCAAAAAGACGAGGAAGCCGAAUAUGCAUGUCAAGCUGUUAACAUUGCUGGCGAAGCAUGGUGUUUUUCUGAUGUCGUUGUCCGGUCGUCCAAAGAAGAUUCACUCGGUGCUGAUGAAACGAUAGCAGGAAAAGAGGCUAUUCCUACAAACGAGAUUCACUCCCGAUUUGGUGACCCGAGCACCCUCCAUUCAGAAACUAACAUCACCACUAAGAUCACCGCCAAGGAAGGAAGUGCUGAGGUACUUUCUCCAUUGAAGCAACCGCUAUCCGCAAGCAUUGUUAAGACCGUUCGAUCUCGAACGAGCACACCUGUGGACGGAGCUGAACAAAGCACUGAUGAGGAAGGUGUUUCAGUGACUUCAAAGAGUACCGAGAGAGAUCAAGCCACAAUGCAUGCAUUAGCAACAGAAAGAAGAGAAUCAGUUGAUAGAAAAGCUGAAGCUGAAGGGCAACUUGAUGACAGUUUAACGAAAAGAAGACUUUCCACUGGAUCCACUGAUUCAUCUGGAAGAAGAAGAAAACGUCGUGAAGGAUUUGUAUCUGUGCCUGAUUCAAGAAUCUUGGCUUUGCGCGGUGAUUCGAUCAAAUUCGAGUGUGAGCUUGCGAAUGAAGAAGAUGAAAUGGAAUGGUUUAUCAAUGGGAAACCGGUUAAAGAUGAGCCGAAAGCCACCAUUGUUAAUAAGGGAAUCAUUCGACAUUUAAUUUUAAGCAAUGUUUCACCAAAAGACUCAAAUAUCGUGAUCUCUGGACAAAUUUCGUCAGCUGUAUUUGAAUCGAAGUUAAUUGUUGAAGAAACACCAGUAAUCAUUGAGAGCAAAUUGGCUAGAAAGACAAUUUGCAAAGAAGGCGAACCAUUCACUAUUAAAGUCAAGCUAAAUCAUGGAACAAAAUCCGUUCGUUGGUUGAAAGAUAACGAGGAUUUAAAUGCAAAUUUCGAUUAUGAGCUUUUCGCUGAGCCGGACGAUGAAUAUGUUUCAUUGACGAUCAAGAAUCCCUCCUAUAAACACGCUGGUCGUUACACUUUGCAAGCGGGCGACUCAGAAGUGUCGACUGUCUUGGAAAUUCAUGGGAAACCGAUUUUCCCCGAAGAGGGUCGACCAAUCGAAAUCGAAUCACAAGAGAAUUUGGUGAUGAAUCUCAUUUUCAAGGGUGAACCUGAGCCAACUGCCGAGAUUACAUUAAAUGGAAAACCGAUUCCGAAAGAAGCAAAAGCUGAGCUAGGAAUUUUAUCAAAUACGAUUCGUUUCUCAAAAAGACAUGCCAGUAAAGAGGACUCUGGGGAAUACAAAAUCACGAUCAAGAACGAGUAUGGUGAGGCAAGCACAACAGUGAAAGUCACCGUUGCUGAUGUACCCUUUGCUCCAAGCGAUGUCUCGAUAGCGAAUUUGUCUGGUAAUGUUGUCACUCUUGAAUGGGCACCAUCAAAUGAUGGAGGAGCACAAAUCACUGGCUACAUUGUUGAGAAGAAAGAAUACGGUCGACGUGCUUUCCACAGUGUUGGACAGGUGUCGUCUACUCGUACUGCGAUGGAGAUUGAAGAACUUGAAGCAGAUUCGGAAUAUGUUUUCCGAGUUGCCGCCAUGAACAAAUUCGGAACUGGUGAAUUUGCGGAGUCAAAGCCGGUGAAAACGGGAACUGCAUUCGAAGCCCCAUCAAUUACUGAACCACCGAGAAUUGGUGCAAUCACCAAUGAUUCAAUCUCGAUCUCGUGGAGUGAACCAACGAGGACUGGAGGUUCACCAAUCUACGCUUACGAAGUGUUUGUAAAAGAGAAUGGUAGUGGAUGGACAAAGGUGACUAGUGAGCCGAUCUUUGUCAAGAAUUAUACAGUCACCGACUUGAAGCCUGGAGUUGACUAUAAGUUGAAAGUCGAGGCUUUGAAUGAGGCCGGUUUGCAAUCGAGUUCGGAUAAGAGCACUGAAUUCGUCUCCGUGCAAGGAAAGCCUGCACAUAAGCUGCAAAUUCCAAAAGUCAUCAUCACCGAUGCCGAUUCAGUAGACGUUUAUUGGGAUUCACCGUCGGAUUCUGAGCCAACCGAAUACACCGUUGCUUAUCGAUCUGAGCAAUCGUCUGUUUGGGCUGAAGUGAACGUUCCUUGCAGCCCAGCGCACAUUACUGAUUUGAAAGAAGGGAUCGCUUAUGUGUUCCGAGUGGCGCCAAGAAAUCAACACGGAGUCGGCGAGUAUUCAGACACGACCACUCCUGUCAAAGUGGCGCUCAGUGUGGCACCGACGAUCAUCAAAGCACUCAAAGAUGUGACAGUUCCACAGCCAGCUCCUGAAUACAUUUGGUACAAAGAUCGAAACGAAUUCAUCCCGAAAGAUGACACUAUGGAGAUCUUAUGCGAAGGUCAUAUGUCGGCCUUAAAAAUCCAUGGCACUAGUGCAGAUGAUGGUGGGAAAUACACGUGUGAAGUGAUCAACGAAAUCGGGAAAGCGCAAACGAGUGCCAAUGUGACGAUUGGCGAUGUGAGAGCCCAUUUCGAGAGAUCUUUCUCGGAAGAAACGAGCGUUGAAGAGGGAAUGGACAUUGUUCUCACGUGCACUCUUUCAGAUGCCGAUGCAACUGUGAAUUGGUUUAAAGAUGGUCGCAAGUUAGCAGUUUCAGAAAGAAUCGAAAUCAACAAGACUGGACCAAAUUGGACACUAAGAGUCAAGAAAGCGACUUUGAUGGAUGCUGGACAUUAUCGUUGUGAGACUUCUGAUGAAAGAAGUAGAGCUGAAGGGAAUGUUAUUGUGAAAGAAGAAGAUCCACAUAUUCAAGUUGGUCCACAAGAUCAAUUUGUUCAAGGAUUUGGUGAAACUGUGACCCUCACGUGUGAACUAACGAAACCAGUCAGAAAGCCGAAAUGGUUUAAGAAUGGUGUUGAAGUCUGGCCACAAAUGAGUAAAAUUGUGAUGUCAAUGGAAGACAAAACGGCUACUUUGAUGAUCAGAAAUUUUGAGAAGAACGACGUUGGAGAAUACACGAUUUCAAUCUCUGAUAAAGAAAAAUCGGCACCGGCAAAAGUUGUGCUGAAUGUUAAACCGAUCAUCACCAUCCCAGAGCCACUCGAUAAACCCGAGGUUAUCGCUAUUGCGGGAAAAGAAUUCGACUUUGCUGCCGAGUUCAAAGCAAAUCCAGAGCCUUCUAUCAAGAUUUAUCACAAUGGGCAACCAAUUUCUCUUUCUGGAGCCGAGAUCGAUAAAUAUGAGGACACUGUUUCAGUUCGAAUGAAACACAUCAAAAAGGGUGACUCGGGAGAAAUCAAGAUUGUUGCAAGCAAUGAGCAUGGAGAAACGGUGAAAACGAUCAAUUUGAAUGUGAUUGACGUUCCUUCAGAGCCACUGAAUGUUGUACCUUUCAACACAACAACUCAUUCAACUUGUUUAAGUUGGGAGGCUCCAGAGAGCAACAAUGGAUCACCGAUUACUGGAUAUGUCAUUGAAAGGCGACAAGUCGAGCAUGAUCGUUGGAGAAAUGUUGGACGCGCUCGUCCAAAUCAUCUAACAUUUGAAGAUCUUGAGCUUUUCAAUAACGAUCUUUACACGUAUCGUGUAUUGGCGGUGAAUGAAGUUGGACCUGGACAUCCAAGCAAACAUGUUGAUGUUUACACUCUAGAAGAUGAACGGGAAGAGUCAGAAGAACGAGAAACCGUUGUGGCUCCGACCCAGGAAUUGGAAACACCUGAAGUUCCGGAUGUUGUGGUUGAUCGGGCUGAGGUGCACUUGACAUGGCCGUCUACUCCUAGUGCCGAGUUUUAUAGAAUUGAGCGUAAACCAGCGACCACUGGAGCGUGGAUCGAGUUGGCGACAACUGAUCGCUUGAAUUACACUGAUCGAUCGAUCACCGAUGAUGAGCCGUUUGUUUAUAGAUUGGUUGCUCUUGGCAGCAAUACCAUUUCGCCUGCCGGUGAUGCGUCUGUGGCUGUGAAGAUUCCAAAGGAAAAAUUGGAAAAACUGAAACCUGAAAGCAAGAAGCAGGAGGAAGAAGAAGAAAGACUGGCUGAGAUGGAGCAAAGAGUUGAAGAAGAGGAAUCUGGAAAGAAGAGACGGCUGAAGAAGAAAGAGAAAAAGAGUCCAUCAGAGGCCAAAGUGGAGAAGAGAAGUCUCAGCUUUGAAGAUGGACAAGACGCUGAGCUAUUUGUUCAAAUCAACGAUCAAGAAGUUGAAGCUGAAUGGACAAAGGAUGGACAAUCAUUAGAUGUUUCAUUCAAAGUGAUUACUGAGAAAAACUCUUGUCGUCUACAAUUCAAGGCAAAUGAGAAGACUGGUGGCAAGUAUGUGUGCAAAGUUAAGACAAAAGAUGGACAAUCAGCUAUAGUCGACUUUGAAGUGGUGAUCAAUGAAAAGCCCAGAAUCGAGAUUGAAGAGUCGUCAAUGGACGUGAAAGCCGGCGAAACGGUGCAACUUUAUGCGAAUAUCUCCGGACAUCCACCACCAAUUUGCACGUGGACAAAAGAUGGAAAAGCUUUGAAGAACGAUUCAAAGCAUACUAUGAAAGAAAAGGAUGGAGUUGCAACGCUCACCAUCAAGAAUUGUCAACCCGAGUCGGCUGGCACGUAUGUGUUGCUGGCAAAGAAUAAAACUGGGGAAACGAUUGUGAAGAUAAAACUUGGUGUCAAAGGACUUCCAUCAGCACCCGAAGGGCCCGUUGAAGUGACGACUGUGACGGCUGAGGGAUGCACUCUCUCAUGGAAUCCACCACAAAAUGAUGGAGGAAGUCCAAUUCUUGGCUAUUGCGUCGAGCGACGAGAGGCUAAGAAAAACACGUGGGCUUUUGUGACAAGAACCACCGAAACGAGCACGAUGUUGACUGGAAUGCAAUGGGAUGUCGAUUAUCUCUUCCGAAUUUCGGCUGAGAAUGCAAUGGGCGCCGGUCCGCCAGUCGAGACAUCGGCCACCAUCAAAUUGCCCAAGAAAAGUGAAAAACCCCUCAUGGCUCCACCAAAACCUCAAGUGAUCGGCGUCACUCAAAACUCGGCAAAAGUCGAAUGGAAAGCUUCGGAGGACCCGAAAACGCAUUACUUAUUGGAAUUCAAAGAGGUUAAAUCAAAACGUUCUUGGCAAACUGUCACAAAAGAGACAAUCACAACGACCACCCAUACAGCUGAAGGCUUGAAGAAAGAUAUCGAAUACCAAUUCCGGGUCUCCUAUGUGAAUGAAACGGGCUCAGGUCCAGCCUCCGAGCCAUCCGAUCCGGUCAAAUGCGAAGAUCGAAAGGUCGAAGCGAAGCCCGAAUUCACCGUGAAACCCGACGAGUUGGUGGUGGGAAAAGAGAAAGGAAAGGUGAAAAUGGUGGUUGAAUUCAAUGGAGAACCACAACCUGAAGUGCAUUGGUUGAAGAAUAAAAAGGAAGUUUUCUCUGGAAAGCGUCAAUGGAUCGAGACCUCACCGGGCACCUCAUCGCUGACAAUCGGUGAAAUGAGAGAAGAUGAUGAGGGAGAGAUUACGAUCAAACUCAAGAACUCUUUGGGUGAAGCGUCAUACUCUUUCAAGCUUUGUAUGGACUCGCCGCCACAGAUCAACCGCGUCGAGCGCUACGCAUCAGCGCAACUCUUCGACAAGGGAGAAACCGUCAAGUUGCGCCUCUCGUUCACAGGUUUGUCUCUAUUUCAC